GGUGGGGGCUCGAGAGCGGCAAAGUGGGCCGCGCGACCUUGCAGCGCCAGUCGCGACUCGUACCUCAACAGAGUUGUGUCAGGGACCGAACCUGACGCCCCUGGAACCCUUGACAUGAGGAUAUAUUGGCUGCUGGCAGCAUGGGUGACCAUGGCGGCCGCCCUGCCAUCGGGGCCGAGAGACAUGGAGGUGGACGACGAGCCGUUCUACAGCGACCUGGAGCCAGGCCUCGACCUGAUCGCUGAGGAGAGCGCGACGGCCGAGCCGGUCACACUGCCCGCCCCGAUAGAGAUGCAAAACCGCAACAACCGGACGGAGAAGGAGCGGUCGUUGAUGCUGGUGAUGCCGCUGACGCCGUCCAACAACACGCACCUCGAGGAGCUGUACACGCAGAGGCCAGAAACGAGGCUCGUGGAGACGACGACGGCCGUGGUAACGGAGGCGCCGAUCACGCACACCAAGUCGACCGUGGUGGUGCACUCGGUGCCGCCAAAGAGGCUGCCGACGCCCGUGCACAUCACGCUGCCGCCGCCGGUCAUCCGCCCCGACAUCCAGGAUCUCCUGGCGUCCAUCGGUCUGCAACCCGCCGCAAUGCCGACCACCACCACCCCUCCGCCAACCGAAUCCUUCAGCCCUGAGAUCCAGGAACUGCUGACCAAAUACGGGCUGCAGAACAACGACCACAACCUGGUCAACAGCCAGCCGGUGGUGCCCUCUGCCGAUGUCAGCUCCUACUCAAGCUUCAAACCCAUUCCAGACCAGCUGAACGUGGACGAUGAGAUGAAGGACCUGCUCGCCCAGUACGGCCUAGUGGACAGGAAGACCUCCAGCAGACAGCUGACCACCGCCGCCACCCCUCCGGCCAAGGAGGACGUGGAGGAGACCACCACCGAGCACCCCGACUUCAAAAUCCGCCCCAAGGAGCAGGCCGUGACUGAGCCGUCGCACCAAAUCCCCACUCUGCACCCCCACAGCAUGACCAACGAGAUGAAGAGGGUGCUGUUUGACCUCGGACUGGCACCUCACAUCUCCGCCGAGGAAAUCGCGGAGGGAAACAACCAGGCGCCAGGGUCACUGCCGGAGCUGCUCGAGCGCUCUUCCAGCAACCAGCAUGAGUUUGUGUUCAACCCCACUGACGUGUCGCCGCUCAACGACACCAUGGAGGAGAAGCUCAAGGAUAUACUCAAUAACUUCAAAUUCAACCAGGAUGACAAGGAGGAGCAGGCGCUCAGGCUCAUCUCCAAAUACAGGAAGUCAACUUUGAACCAAAACGACGGCCCAGACCCUCUAUCAAACGAAGAGCUAGUUUCCGACUUCAGCAACUUCCACAACGAGGUGCACAAAAGGCAGAACAAGGACGCCAAGGACGAGGCAUCCAGCUCUGAAAACUCGACCACGAGCACAACAACGAGCACGACGACGAGCUCUUCAGCCGGCGCCGAGGAAAAGGAGACGAGCACCGAGGGCGGCGGGCCGUCCAUCGCUGACCUCGAGAGCUCGUUCGGCGGAAGCGGCGACGAGGUACCCGACGAAACUCUGCCCCCGCCCAAACCCAACGGCUUCUACUUCUUGCUCGAUUUGAACACAUUUUUGAAUGUGGGCGAAGACGAUAAGGGCGUGCACUUGAGGCUGGCGCCCAGAUUAGGAAACAGCAAGAACUUCCUGCCAAUCACUGUGCCUUAAUAGAAAAAUAUAUCUAAUUCAUCCCGCUUUUCAUCAAUUAAUUUCUAGUGACGAGUGCGUUUUCUGACUGCUGGGAUGAUUGUCUAAUUUAUAUGAACACAUUUUAGUGUAAGUUAGCAGCUUGGAGAGUGCUUCCAGUGGCGAUAAUUAUAUAUGAAAAGGCACUCGCUUGUGGCGUUGCCGCCCAGUGGCGGCGACGCUAAUUGAAUUUUCUUGAUUCCAGUGCCGCGUCUACAUGAUGGGAUGAUGAUUUGAGUUUUGAAUUUUUUGUACACGCUUUUAUAUUUGGCGCCUCCCUGGCGCCAGCCGCCUGCCUUUUGCUCAAAUAUUGAAUUAUUCCCCGUGUGUUUGGUGUUGGUGUGAAUGUGAUGAAUAUAUAAAAUGUGCUAAUAAAGAUUUUACCUCACUUCA